AUGUUCCCGUUCAACGAUGUGGUUAUGUCAUUAAUCGAAACUCCAUUUUCCCGUAGAAGUGAAAUUCUAAAAAAACAAAUUCUGUUUGCUGGUCGUCCUACAGAUAAAUUAGAUAAAAUUUGUAUACCCGCUCAGAAAACUAAAACUAAAGUAAGUUCUCGGUCCUUCAAUGUAUGUUGGUACGAUACCCACAAAUGGCUGUGUGGUAGUUUUUAUAAACAACGACUGUUUUGUUGGCCUUGCGUUUUGCUUGGUAAAGUUAAAAAUGUUUGGGUAACUGAUGGCUAUUAUGAUUUAAAAAAUCUGGCCAGAAGUGUUAAAAUGCAUGAAGCAUCUAAAGACCAUAUACAUAAUUUUAUGGGAUUAGUUCGUUUAGAAAAAAAUAAAAGUACUAUUGCUGAUGCGUUAAAUGAAGGGGCUCGUUUGAACAAAACUAUUUACAAUGAAAAUGUAAGAAAGAAUAGAUUAAUUUUAUUGCAAUUAAUUGAGGUAACAUUACUCUUGGGGAAACAAGAGUUGGCCUUUAGAGGCCAUGAUGAGAGAUCUACUUCCUCAAACCAGGGUAAUUUCCGUGAAGUGUUUAAUUUACUUAUUAAAAGGAAUGAUGAAUUACUAUUACAUUACAAUAAAAUUAGUAAUGUGUUCACUGGACAAUCCAAAACAAUUCAAAAUGAAAUUAUUCAUUGUGUGUAUGAGUUUGUACUAGAUGUGAUUAAAUCAGAAAUUAAUGAUGUUUUCUUUUUUUCUAUUAUAUCAGAUGAUACUACUGACAUUGUUGAAAAGUCACAGUGUGCAAUAACUCUUAGGUAUGUUAAAAAGACUGGUGAAUUAAAAGAAAGAUUUUUAGGCUUCCAUGAUGUAAGCAGUAGUAAGAAUGCUAAAGCUCUUUUUAAUUUAAUUACAACAGUUCUAGAACCUUUUGAUUUUAAAACAAAGUUAAUAGCACAGUGUUAUGAUGGAGCAAGUGUCAUGGCUGGGCAUAUUAAUGGACUUCAACAACAAAUUAGAAAUGAAGCACCCCAUGCUCUUUUUACUCACUGUUGUGCUCAUAGGCUGAAUCUAGUAUUACAGCAAGGUAGUUAUUGCAUACCACAAUCCAGAAUUUUUUUUUCCACCCUUUUAGGAAUAUCUGUUUUUUUUAAAAAGUCUCCUAAACGUACAUUUGUUUUGGAUACUAUUAUUGGUAAACGUAUUCCUGUUGCUAAUGAAACUCAUUUAGGUAAACUCAAAUUUGUAACAUUAGUCGAUUCUUCAAAAUUUAAAUUCUAUCAAACUGCCUUUCCUAAUGAAGGACUUGAAUGUUUAUCUUCCUCUUAUAAAGAUGUAUUUGAUUUAACGUUAUUAAAAAAUGAAUUGUCAGUUGUUUAUUUUGAUUCCCAAUUUCACAACCAAAAUAUUCAAGAAUGUGUAAAAUUACUAAAACAAUUUCAAGAUUCUGGAUUAUUAAGGGAAGUAUAUAAACUAUUUUGCUUAAUUUUGACCAUACCUUCUACAAGUGUAUCAGUAGAAAGAAAUUUUUCUUGUCUUAAACGAAUAAAAACAUACCUAAGAAAUUCUAUGACGGAAGAAAGAUUGUCUUCUUUGGCAACAAUAAGCAUAGAAAAGGAAUUGAUCAACUCUUUGGCAGAUAAUGAUGGAAAGUUUUAUGAACAAAUUAUUGAUAGAUUUUCAUUGUUGAAAGAUAGAAGAAUAGAUUUAAUUUAUAAAAAGUAA